GGUCAUACGAAGCUGGCUGAACAGAAGACAAACUGGUACGGGAGAUCCUAGAGGGAAACACGCCUCACUUCGUAGUAAAAUAUUGUCAUUAUCAACCAAGUACGUACGCCAAUGUGUGUGGGUGUAGCAUCCGUGUGACGUGGACAGUUGUACAGACGAAAAACGCCCGCUAGGGAAAAAGCGUCCAUUGAUAGUAGAGUUAAGCUCCGGGAGAGGACGAAACCCGCAUAUCGGAAAUGAGCGGGAGAUCAACAAAGUUUGGUACAAAGGAAAACGCUGAAUUUUCUCACUGGAAAGAAUGAAUUUUCCGGAGAGCUUCAUGCAAUAAUUCCUCCAUGUGUCUGUGACACUGAGCCGUGAACAAUGAAAAGGAGUUGAGGAUAUCACCAGAGACGGAUGAUUAUUAGUAACGCCAACAGUGUGGCAGUGAAUAUACACUUGUUAUAUAAAAACGGGAAAAUAAAUGUAAUACCUGCCGUUUGUGGGUGACUACAGAAAUCAUUCGGGAGUGCAUCCAUUUCUGAGGACGUGCGCUGAGUGGGGAUUGAAUUUGUUAUCCAAUGUGGAGAAAAGUGCUGGUGAAAAGUUGAAAGAAGAAAUAUCAUGGAAAAUUGAUAAGUUAAUGCUGCGGAGGCAUUUCUCAAAUGGCGAUUAUAUCUGUGAAUACGUUUUUCUUAUCAUUUAUAAAUAUUGUGAAUCCACAACCGAAUUGAGAUUUUCAACUUCAGCUGUCCUUGAAUCAGGAUAAGUUCAACGCAGCUCGUGAAUUUGUUUCUUGUGGAAAUACAUGUGAGAAGAAAAAAUUAAGGAAAAAGGCAAAAUGUGUUUGGGUACCUGUGAUCAAUAAAUAUACAAGAAAAGAGGAAUAACAUCGAAUAACCUAGAGCAGUGUGCUCGGAAUGAACAAUCUGAUGUGAUCCUGCAGAUGGCUAGCAGCAACAAUGUCCCCGAAAUAUUGGCGGAAGUAGCAAAGCUAUUUUGAACAGAAUUUAGAUCAAUCUCGAACAUAUCGUUGAAACGGAAACAUAUCAUAUGAAAUGCCUCGUCUUUUUACAUUAGAAUAAGUUUUAAUGAAAAGUAAUUAUAGGCUUUGGAAUCGAUCUAUAAGUUUCGGAGUCAGUUCCAAUACAUAUCACAUAGUGGCUUCGAUAAAUAUAUGUGUAAAGUUAAAUUUUUGUGUGAUAGUGAAAACUAGAAGUGUAAAAUGAAAACGAAUUGUGUCGAAAACAAGGUGUCACGAAAAGCUUGCUAUCACAAAUCAUUCAUUGCUGUGUAUGUGUGAAAGUUAGUUAUUGUUUGGAGUGGUAGAAGUAAGAGAAUAAACUACCAAAUUGUAUCCCGCCAAUUUCGGUGUUGCACACUGCUGGCCUCUGCUAAAUAGGAUCAAAUGCAUUCAGAAAAUCGAUGGAAUCUGCGAAAAAGAAAAAACUAGGAGAUCGUUUACGCAGAUCAUAUUGAUGCCCACGAAACGACGUGGUGAUCUACCGAGAAGUUGUUCGAUUUUGUUUCCACACGACAUUCUAUGGUUAUCCCAGCCGACCAUGAGGCCCAUCGGGCCAUUAGACACGUCCCACCCAGAGUGCGUCCUCGUUGUAGGCAUUUCCCGACCUAAGUUAGCGGUUUUCUUCAUCACUGUUAUGUUGGUUUCGCUUUUCCUUACCUUCCAUAUAUUGUACGAUAGUGCAGUGUACAGUAUUCAGGCUGCCACGGCAAUAUCCGAAAAUAAAAUAGCUAUACUAACGAAUAACAUUCCGAACCCUCCGGUGCUUAAUCAUACGGUGGCAAACAAUCCGAUAUUUUUCCCCAGGACUAGCAGAAGACUUCCACAAUGUUUGAUAAUUGGAGUGCGGAAAUGUGGCACUCGUGCGCUGCUGGAGAUGUUGUAUCUGCACCCACGGAUUCAGAAGGCUGCAGGAGAGAUUCAUUUCUUUGAUCGAGACGAAAAUUAUCUCAAGGGAUUGGAGUGGUACCGGAAGAAGAUGCCAUAUUCGUUUCGCGGCCAGAUUACUAUCGAGAAAAGUCCAAGUUACUUUGUGAUGCCAGAGGUUCCUGAGCGAGUUCGUGCUAUGAAUGUUGCGGUGAAGUUGUUGUUGAUUGUGAGAGAGCCAGUAACAAGGGCGAUAUCGGAUUAUACUCAGCUACGAAGCCAUGCAGCCACCGCAUCUUUGCCCCAACAGCAAACUUUAUCUUCCACAUCGCCGUUAUCCAGGUCAUUCGAAGAGCUCGCAAUUUUACCGAAUGGUACCAUUAACGAAUCGUACCGACCGUUGGCAAUAUCACAGUAUCACGUCUACGUGCACAGGUGGUUGGAAGUCUUCCCGAGAGAGCAAUUGCUCGUCGUCAACGGUGACCUGCUGAUAGAGGAUCCAGUAUCUCAGCUUCGGCGAAUCGAAGAUUUUUUAGGACUCGAGCCACGAAUCGGUAGCAAGAACUUUUACUUCAACGAGACGAAAGGUUUCUACUGUCUACGCAACGACACGGGCGACAAGUGCCUGCGGGAGACCAAAGGUAGAAAACAUCCCCGGGUCGAUCCGAUGGUGGUAUCCAAACUGCGAAAAUUUUUUGUUGAACCCAAUCAAAAAUUCUACGAACUGGUCGGCGAAGAUCUCGGGUGGCCGGAGGAAUGAGACGACUUCGUGAGAUGUUUUGAUUUCAGAAAGCAUCAUUUUUCGUCGCGUUAUUCCAUAGAAACAAGCAUCGCACAAGCGAAGGUUCCGCUAUAUAAUAGCAGCCCUCGAUCGUCCAAACCGACAAGUUGAAAGGUGAGUGAGUCUGACUUUAAUUGGAUAAAUGGAUGGAACGAAAGGUGGGCAUAUUGACCGAAGCAAAUGUGAAUAUAAUCAAGAGCAAGACCUGAGCAAGUAAAGGUAAAAAAGGUUACUAGCGUUCGUUUGUAAAACGAUUAGAUAGGAAUUAAUUAAUAUAGCAUCAAUUUUUAAAGCGCAAUGAUUAGUUUUGAGUGAUUGGGCAGCAGUGUACGUGAGGGUGUGUUAUCGGAAAGUUUAGAAUUGAUGCAUUACAUCGAAUGUGUGGCUGUAUUUUCGUGUUUUGUCGGGAAAUUUUAUUUUGGCUAUGGCAGCUAAAUUCAGAAACUUAUACAAUUAGUGGAUAAUGGUACUUGGUAACAAUUACGGAGUUGAGAGAACACAAAUAAAAUGUUAGUUGCUAAACGGAUCGUGUAGAAACAACGGCAAAGGAAUUAUCUGGUGGUGAGUGCUACAUCUCAUUAAAAUUAAAUAAGGACAAUUAUACCGAGUGUUUCUUGCACAAGCUGCUGAUUCUGCACAACAUCUGCUUUAUUGUCAUUGCAGUGUCACGAUUUGUACGAGUCAAGUACAUAUAUGUGUAUGAAAAUUCUGCUUUUUGGGUAAAGCUUCCAAUUGGAUUCAUCUUCACUGCUGGAAUAAUUUCUAAACCAGGGAUAGAGGUGAAGCCUGCAAGAGUUUCGGCGACAGUUGACGAUCAAAAUCUUCCAUAAAAAUGAAAACCUUCCGAUUAAAAAAAAUCCCACAAAAAUGAUCGUAGAGCAAUAUUUGUGAAAUGUUGAAUUCGAUUUCUGAUUUAUUUGCCAUGUAUCACUUCUGAGAUGUCUUGAUUUUGCUCAGCCAUUUGCCGGUUAUCGUUAUUGGAGAGCAGUUUAUUUUUACAGUAUCUGUUUUUUAGCAACUUUUACUAAAAUUGUUUUGUAAACCAAUUUGCCUUUUCAUGUUUCAUGUGCAAUAAUAUAGAAAUUAUUUCAUUUCAUUUACGGGUGAAACGCACUCCUUGAUGAAAUAAUCACACGAAUAAAGAUAACAUAAUGGCUAUUAGUAGCGAAAAGUGUAUUUAUCAUAUAGUCUUUCACUGCAGCUACAUCAUCUGUGAGAGAUUCCAGCUGUUUCUUUCGCAACAUAUCAUUUUUAGAAAUUCCAUAACGAGAUAGUCUUUGCUGGUGAUUUAGUUCUCUUUAACGAGGCAUCAGCAGAAGCAGCAUCAGGCACUGAGGGUUCGGAAUGCACAUCCGCUAGAGAGUUGGAGACUACGUGACUUUAUCACCGCACCACCAUAAUCAUUUCUGUGUUGCUUGCACUCUACUCACGAAACUGCAAACGCCGGAGAAUUUGAAGUUUCGAAUGUAGUUCAAUACGAGCAUAGCACUGAGCAAGAGUUCUUUCAAACGUGAAAAUAGUUGGGAAUGUCUCUUUCCAUUUCCGGAGAGCUCUGCUUCGCUUCUUCCUAGUCGAGCAAACCGUAUGCACGUGUUGCAAAUAAUUAAUUUCAUUGAAUCAAAAUGCAGUCGGGUUCUGUGCAGUUCUAGCAAAGCUAUCACCACCAAAACCAAGUUAGUUUACUCUAGAAAGAUUUAGCCUCAGUAGAAGUUGUGUGUUGAAAUUCAUCAUAAUUACGGACAGUGCUCAUCGGCUAUGUGGUUUGCAGCUAAAACUUCGUUCUGUUAGGAAGGAUCGGCUACAAGACAGCUAAAUUUCUACACUUUCUUACAGUAUUUUUUUACUCAGAAUAGUGUCUGCACGAUGGCUUUCGGGGAAUAAGUUCAUGUAACGUUCCACCAAAUAAAAGGGCAAAGCGUCAAGACAAAUGAAUCUCAUUAUGGAGAGAAUAACAAGUUCACGUGAUAUGGCUGAAAACUUUACGAUAAGAUUGUGGGAAUGUUCGUUAUAACUGAUGAGACGUAACCAAAUCAGAUUUGCAUAUAUAUGUAUGUAGAAUAGAGUGGUACCUUUUCCACCAGCACGAUACGUUGUGACCAGUUCUACCAUCUGAAAAUUGGAUAAUAGAUGAAAAUCAAAGGAAAAGAAAUUGCGUUUUUAGAAACAAUUAUUAACUGUUAUAUUACGAAAGAAACAAUAUUUAUUCUAGUUGUUUAGUUAAAUAUGUGGUGUCAAUUACAGCAUGUUUGAUAGUUUUUUAUUUACAAAACUGCCGCUUUGGAUAGAGAGAUUCAUAUCAAAAAAGCUCGAAAGAAAAUAUUCGACUUCGCCACUCUAAAAAUCUCAAACUUGUUGUCGAACACGAACGGAUGCUAUAAAAAUGAGUACAUCUUCUUAUCUUCUUUGUUUUUAAGAGGCUUUAAUCUUUGCAGUUCAUUCGCCUCUAAUGAGUACAUCAAGGAACUUGAUAACCAUUACCAAAAGAGCAAUAGAGUAAUUGUGCCAUUCAAAAAGGCUGUUCUUUUAUUAUUAUGAUUAUUUUACGGGAAUCAGCUAAUUUCAGUCUAAAAUGUAUUUAGGCACAACCCUUAUGAAUGCCAAAUUUUUUUAAUAAUUUACAUAGCUGCAUGAAUAUCAUUAUCGCAACAUGUAGCUGAAGUCAUAGCAGCGCGAUGUGUCUUCCUCCCAUUUCCGGGUUGGGGGAGGGGGUAUGUGUUCAGACCAAGCUGGUUGUUGUUAAGAGUCUACUGUAACGCUUUAAGCACAGCGUGACGAAUAAAUAAAUAGAAUCGCUGCUGCGAAACGAAAGCUUCUCAUUUCAAUAUGAAAUAAUUACGGUAAUUUGCAUAAACUCAAAUUUAGCGGGUUUCGGGUGACCCUGCUGCUGUGUUAUCAGAGCUUGCUCAGCCGGUUCCGCUGUCGGAUAUUUCAGGCAAAAGAUCGAUUGUGGUGGAAAAAGACAUAAAGGAGAUAAGUUGAAAACACCGAGCGGUGACCAUUAAGGAUAGCAACAGGUUCGAACAGAUUCUCCGGAUUGUUCUUUCAUUCCAAUUGAGCAGUAUGAAGAGCUGUAGGUAAUUUGUUCAACUUUUUUACGGAAUCAUUAUUCGAGAAAUUGAUUUACCAUUUGUAUAAAAAUUGUGGUAUUGGUAUAUAACCUAGUACAGCCAUAAGUUCUGUCAGUAACAUUGGGGCUGCAGCCACCAGAGAAAAAAGAAGCGAAAAAUAUGGAAGCACCUGAUGUCCUUCACUCUCACUAUGUUUCAUGGUCCCAUCAGUAUUUGUUCUUUUUCCUAGUUUCGUCACGAGUCUCACGAAGCGAUAAUUUAAGUUUCGGAAAUAGGAAAAAGUCACACCUAUGUCUCGUCGCAAGUAAUUUUGCUUUGUAUGAACAUUGGAUCAGAAUUUAAUCGGUCAAUCAUCAGCCAUUUGAUUACGAUGUAAUUUUGAUUUGAAGAAAAUUUAACUCUUUUGGUCGUGCUGUGACUUUUUUCAUGUCCAAAAUAUCAACCAAUAUAUGACGGACGGUCUCGUAAGAGAUAUUUCAUUCUCAAACUUGAAUGACGAUUUCCGAGCAUCGUUUCUUUUAUUUUAUCGAUGUUUUCAUCGAUUGAAGAGGUGAAUCGUACUUCAUGACGUGGUAAAUGGUUUGGCUGUUUUUGAAUACCUUAUACCAUUCAUACACGUGUUUUUUCGACAUAGUCACCAAAUGUAUUCUGCAUCAUUUUCAACGUUUCAGCACGAGAAAUUUUGUUUGCAACGCAGAAUUUCACGCAAUAUCUUUGGCCAAAGGAAAUAUCCAUAUGAAACACCACCGAGCAAAAAAAAAAGUUAACUUGUUCUUAAAAACGUUGUAAACAAACUAAAUGAAUGAUCGCGCUUAAAAUGGUCAUUAAGACCACUGACAGUAGUACCAACUCAAAAAAAAAAGAAGAAAAAUGUUCAGCGGGUAGAUUCAAAAUAACGUAUUUUCAGUAUAUAUUAGACAGAAUGUAUAAUAUAUAUGACAUAGCAAUAUAAGAGGGCAAAAUAUAAUCUCCGUUUUGUACUAAGAAAACCCUUUCCGUGUUAUGAGAUCCAAUUUCAUUUUAUAAUGUGAUGUAAUAUAGAUGCAUUGGUAUGACGGCACCAGUGGUUAUGUGGAAUAGCCUCACGGUGCUUAACAUCGUUUGAGUUUUUUUAGAGUGCAAUUUCAAGCGGAUAUUCGGAAAUUUAGAUACUCACAGAUCGAUAUUUAUGUAUUUAUCCAGUCUUCGUCAAAAAUUGUCGGACAGACUAAAAUUCAACUAUUAUUCUUUAUACAGUGAUAGACAUUCGUUUAGCCGCACUUGAAAAAAAACUUGAAACACUCACAAAACAACUAAGAAUGUUCUUUUUAUCGGGAUACUUAUUUGCUGUAGUGUUAGUAUAUUUAAGUCACUUUUAUAGAAAAGGACGUGCGUCACAAUCACACACACACAAGGCGGCAUCGGUGGAUAUAAACAUUUAAACGUCGUUUUUUCCCGAGAUAUACGUUUUAAAAUCGUUAAAAAUCGAGUUUUCGCAUAAUCACCAGGCUUUUAUCUGUGUUUUUUUGAAAAAAUACUUGGGAAUGUUCAAUUUACAAGAUAAAUAUUAGAUGUGCAACGUAAAGAGUUGGUUAAAUUAGUGAUUUACGUAGAAUUUAAAGGAAUGGCGAAAGGUAUUCUAUUGACGGAAGAGGGGCGGAAAAUAAUAAACAUAUUCAGUGAACAAAAGUUUUCUAAUCGCACGAUCGUAACAAAAAUUGGUCUAUCUGAGAAAGUGGUACGGACUUUCUUUAAAUAGUGCCAGAAAUAUGGGAUAUAACGACCAACAAAUGGGAACACCAAAGUUACUUUGCGUCUUAAAGGUCGAAUAAGACACGAAGCAACCAGGAAACGAUACAUUAAGGCAGAAUGAGUUGUUUCAGUAACGAAGAGGCAUAUUGCGCGCAUCUUGAAUGAGUCACCAAACAUCAUGUGGAAGAAAUCUCAAGGGAAGCCGAAACUGAUCUCCACCCAUAAGCAGAACCAUCUCGUUUUCGCCCGGCAAUACAUGGAAUGGAAACUAGAAUAGAGAAAUGUUGUAUUUUCCGGCGAAAAAAGUUCAAUUCGGAUGGUCCGGACUGUUACAGUUGCUAUUGGUACAAUUUAAGUCAACGGCAUGUCGUGAGAUCGAAGCAAAACUUUGGGGGCGGAAGUUUGACAGUGUGGGGAGUCGUUUCCUUUCACAGCAAGCUUCUCAUUUGUUUCAUUUUCACCCGAAUGAACUCCGAAAAGUAUCUUCAUUUACUGGAGGACGUUUUGAUUGGCCAUAUUGAGAAUAACGCUACCGAGGAUGUCGUUUUUUCAGCAGGAUUAUGUAUAGAUCCACGUUUCCUAGCAAUCGAAGGGAUGGUUUGCCGAGAAGGACAUUCCGCUUCUUGAAUGACCUGCUGAGAAAAUGUAACAUUUUGGUCAUAAUCUUAUUCAGAACUUUUUAUUUCGCUAUUCGAAGGAAUUUGUACAGUUCUCAGUUAUAUGAAUUGAAUUGAAACUUACUCAAAAUAUGGAAUUAAUUUACAAUCUUUUUCUGCAAUUUUAUGCAUUUUUCUAUAUUACAAGGUCUCUCGAGACGCCAUUGAUCAACUUUUGAACUUGACCUUGAGUUUGGUUAGACUUCCCUUUUCCGAGAUAUCCACUUACAUCCACCAAUGGUGAUGUGGUCCCAUCCUUAGUCACUGUGAAGUACUGUUAUAACCAAUAAAGUUAUGUUCGUUGUUCACCCACCGAUGAGAGCCGUGAAUCAGUCUUUGUGUCAAUAAACUUUCAUCUAAACUUUCAUAUGGUGUUUGAGACAACCCAUUCGUUCCAUCAAUGACAUAUUGCGUGAUUCUUCAACUUUAUAAACGGUUGUGCUCGUUGGACAAUCGCGGUGUUACAAAAGAUGUGCUUAUAAUUGUAAUAAGUGACGAAUCAUGGAUUUAACACGCAAGAUUCCAACAGAUUGUCUGAGAUCCGCGCACUGCGCCGCACAACGCUCAUCGUUUCCUGGAUAAAUCUUGUCAGCUUUCGGGGAAAGCUGUGUUCGUCCACGAUUCUCAAUAGCUGUUGCCAGUCGAUUGUAUGAUAUGCGGCUUUGAAGUCGAUGAAGAUGUGGUGAUACUCGCAUGAUACUUGCGACAUUUUCUGAGGAUCUGUCGCAGUCUGAAUCUGGCCUGAUAACACACGGCGAAAGAGUAUAUGGGAUAGCAUUUUAUAGGCAUCAUCCAGGAUCGUAAUUGCGCGAUAAUUUCCACUAUCUAGCUUGUCAUCUAUUUUAUUGACGGGGGAGUAGAUUACCCCUUCUUUCAAUUCCUCCGGUAGCUAUUCCAUGUCGCAGAUCUUGACUGUCAGCCGGUACAUACACUCUACACAGUUAUCGGGCCUCUCUUGAAGAGCUCUGCUGCGAGGUCAUACCCUAUGAUGGUUUCCUCUGCUGUGCUGCCAAUUGCUGCUUUCAGGGUGUUCCAGCAUUCAUCGAGGGGAGCAGCAUUCAGUUCAUCUGCUCUCAUUAACGCAGCUUCAAGACACUGCAAGCAUGUUGCAACAACGUUCGUCGUAAGUUGGACCUAAGCGUUGGAGUCCCAUGUUUUUGACGACUGACAGUUUGGAACGCAGAUGGCCAUCACCGGGUAGUGGUCUGAAUCGAUGUUAGCACCAUGAUAGGUUCUGACGUCGAUCACAUCUGAGAAAUGUAACGAUAUUGGAAUAACUUUCCUGAGAUUUUACGAAUGACUUGCAGAGCCUGCCCCAACCCCCUGUGUCGCUUAGGUUCAUCGUGCACAGCUAUGUUUAGAGUCCCACGCUGGGACGAGGAUAAUGAUCCGUCGCUGCUGAUAUGAAAAACAGACGCUGUUUUGAACCGAACCUCCACAGUGGAAAGACGCACAGAUAAGCUCCCUCUUCCCUGUCAACAUAUGACUAGAGCCCACUGGGGUUGGUUACCCGAUUUUUACUAUGUUUCCUUUUUGUACCUCAGUCGACACCGCUGGGAGGUAUGAGUUACUGGACAAGAAGCAAAUGGACAAUGAAUAGGAUCUGUAUGUCCAAAAUCAUCGAAGAGGGUGGUCGAUUUUCCAUAAAUUAUGUAGGAACAAAUCUCGUUGAGCAGUCCACUAUGAGCACUAAUCAAAUUAAACACCAGAUGACUUUUUCUAGUUCGUCAAACAUGAUCUACGUGGACAACAAUGAAUGAAACUAAUGACCUUCGUUUUCGAUCUACCUAACACCUCAGUGCAAUAGACACUGAUUGAAAAAUAUCCUUAUGUUUUUUAUCCAUGUAUUAAUCAAACUAUUCUAAAUCCUAGCCAACGUAUGUCAAUCGCUGCACUAGUGGAUGAACAAAUUCUUCCUGUCCUGAAAAAAUCAAUUGAAACUGAUAAUUUAAACAUCCGUCUAAAAUCUGUCCAUGGACAUCAUUACGUCAGAAAUGACGACCGUCUGGGUUCGUGUUUAUAAUCACUGGAACACAUUAUUUAUUCUGAGCUGGUAGAAGAGGAUCUAAAAAUAAUGGUUUACGUGGAAAAUUCCUGCACACAUAUUGCGUCACGGUUUAAUAACAUUAUUACCCCAUUGACGGUUACAAGCCGAUAUCGGUUCCAGUUGAAAUAAUAUUUAUUUUUAAAAGCCAACAGCUAACGGCUCACCUAUGAAAUCAUAUCCAAUUAAACAUUUUGUAUUAUACCAUUUCCCCUUCAUUUGAGGCAAUUUCGUUUUCUAUUCAGAUACAAACAGAUAUAAACUUUUGCCAUCAUCCCGCACUGCAGGAAAGUUCGGCAAAAAAAACUCAAAAACUUAUUACGGUUAUCACGCGUGAAUACAUUAAUAUUCCGGAUAGCGUUUCUACCUCUUCACGUUCUGUGCCUUUUUAUUUUCGCCGAAAAAAAGGACGCGUUUAUUAAGGAUUCGAACAAUUCUAAAACCGUGGAAGGGGAAAGGCUAACGGCUUAGAUACUAUGAUGGGGGAAAUGUGAAAUUUUGUAUGAUUAAGAUAAUUUGUUCAACAAUAGCUGUUCUUUUGCAUGGAAAGUGGGAAUUAUCCAUUUACUUAAAAACUACAGAAAAGCAAUAUCGUUUCCGAAACCAAGUAUUAUGCUUUGUGUCGAUUGGAUCAAUAAUACGAGAUGAAUAAGAUCGCCGGCAUUUAAUAAAAAUUAGAAAAAAAAUAAUUGUUUCCCCAUGCUAAAACUAAGAGUGAUUAUGGCACCGGAACGCUGCGGGGAAAUUUUACAAACAAAUUCGAUGUCUUUUUUCCAGACUGUCAUUUGUUGAAACGAUAUAACCACGCAUUGUUUUCUCACUAAAUCCCCACCGUCUUUUGAAAAAUGGCACUUUUAGGAUGAAAAAUAAUUGAUAUAAAAAGUUUUAUUUUGACCAUUUGAAGACGACACCUGUGUCACAAAGAAAUUCUGCGCGAUACUGCGGGGGUGAUGGUGGAUUUGACUCUUGCUUCAAGAUUCAAGGAUUCGACAUUAUGUCGGUUAUAGAAUAAUAUUUGGGUAAUGGGUGAUUUUAUGGUUUUAUUUCUUUCCUUUUCGACGUCGCAUCAGUCGUUCCACAAGGAAGUCAUCUUGAUUCUUGAAUUGUUGUGGUGUGCCCAAACAUCGUCAAUUCAAUUCACGAAUGCAUGAAGCUUUCAGAUGCCGAUGGCCGAUGGCUUUUGAGUGUAUAAAAAACAUAGGCAUAGUCAAAUUGUUGCCAGUUGAUGUGGUACUUGUUGUGUGUCGCCGAACUCAUUGAAAUGCUCUGUUAUCUCUUCUUCCCGCAAACCCACAACUUCAUACUUUAAUUAUGAGCUUGGAUCGGUGCUCAAUAAUAGAUAAUGAACGUCAGGCAAUGCCAAUUUCAAGACGAGCACCUGAAGUGAUCAAGAAAAUUCGUGAUUCUGUGGAAAAAGUUAGAAAUGCUUCACUUCGAAUGAUAGAAGAGGCUUCACACAUAAAUUUCAUAAUUAAAUCUAUUUCUAUAUUACGGUGGAUGAAACGUGGUGCGUUCAAUAUGUUUAAAAAUCAUCAUAUAUGGUUUAUCAAUCAUCAACCGAACAUGUCCAGCAACGCGUGGGACCGGAGACGUGUAAUGUUGUAAUGAAGCUCAUUAAGAACUUCAUUAUACGUGUGUUCAGCGCUGUAAUGUCAUGAAAAUGCAUUGUGUUUUGGCCUGGCAAAACAAAAAUUGUGUCAGUGUUGUUCAUGAUAGCGUCUCGCAAAUGAAUAUAUUCUUUCUCACACCGCUUUUGUUGAUUGUGUCAUAGGAAACGCAGUCGUCUGCUCUCUACCUUCGCGUACAUGUCGAUCCUAAAUUGUUGGUACAGCUAACGACGUCUUUGUAUGGCGUUGUCCUGACCAUGUCGAUUCAUCAUAUGAUACACAUAAAAAUGCAUGGAGCGCACUCUCUUGCUUGUUUCGCCUCCUACAAUUGUCGUUCAUAAAUAUUAAUCAAUGAUGUUUAUAAUGAAUGAAGUACCUGAGGGGGUCUCGUUAUUUAAUGUUUAUGCAAUAUUCGUCUUGUCGUCUUGUCGGGUGGUAGAUUUUUCGCCGAACAAAUCCUUCUGAUUUGCACUAUAGUCACACUUGCCCUAAAGCAUGUUUCUUAGAAUACAGUCAAGCAUAGAAAUCGCAACUAAGUACUAAUAAAUAUGACGCAAGAAUUACUACGUUGAAAAUGCGAACGUUAGGCACGUUAGUGCCAUUGAAGAAGAACAUGAAGAGAAUCGUAUCAACGGUGUGUGUCAAUGAUAAAUUCUAGAUUAUUGUUUUUUUUUCUUCGAAUCACAAUUUCUUGCGUCAUUGUGUAAUCGUCUACAAUUAUUCCAGUAACGCUUGCGAAUUGAAUCUAACAGCCUUGUAGCUGGUGUUUUAUCAGAAUUGAUGAUAAUAUCGUGAUUGUAAUUUUAUAAUCCGAGUAAGUGUGAUUUGAAGAAUUUCAAUAAUUCAUUGUGCCCAUCCAAAAAGGCCUCCAGCGCCUGGCUUUAGACGUAUUGAGGUUACUCGCGCAUAUUUGGAUGAAAGUUCGAUUAAGCGAAUGUAGCGCCAUCUGUCAUUCCACAAUGUAAACAAAUUAAUUCUGUUUGAAAACCGAAUGACUGUUAAUUUUUUGAAUAUUGUUUAUGCAAACAUAAAAAAAAUAGGGGAUGGACAUUAAAUUUUGUGGUUAUUUAUAUGGUUUGAGCCAAAUUUAAGAAAAAAAAAAUCUGCAUGGGACCACCCCAAUCGGUAUUAAAUAUAUGGCAACCGGUAUCCAAUAUCGCAUAUAAAUUACGAUCUAUUCUCAUGCUUACCAAGUUUUAUGUGUAUAAUUUCAUCAAAAUCGGUGGAGUCGUUUCGGAGGAGUUCGACCACGGACACUGCGACACGAGAUUUUUGAAUAUAUAGAUUGGCUUGUUGUCAAUCAAACACUUUUGUGACGUGACAACACUUGAUUUUUCGCGAUUUCGGACUGUUGAACAUUAAUGAUUAAUUUAUUUAAUUACUGUCCCGUUUCCAAACAUGCAAAUGAAUUUUGUUCUAUGAUUUGUCAACAAUAGAUGAACGUAGAUUCCAGAACAUAGAAUAUAAUCUUGUUUCGACUUCCGGUUUGCCGUUAAUUGUAUUUAAUGUCAAAAUAAAAUAUUGCGUUCUGAUAGCAAAAUCAAAUGCGUUCCCCCGGUAGUGAGCGCCGCCCGAUGAGCCAGGCUUGUGCGAGCCAUUGAUGGCGAUGGCGACUGGGGGUCUGUUUAGGAACAUACCGACUUUUUCCAAAUACAGGUUACAGGUAGAUUCAAUUUUUUGCCUUGUUUUGCAAUGCUUCGAAAUCUAAAAGAACAUUGAACUAAUUUUCAAUACAGGUCAAAAAUAUUUCUACUCUGUUUUUUAAGCAAAAAUGGCGCUAAAACGCUAGAAUGAAGAGAAUGGAAUGGUAAUAAUUUCAUUUGACAUUAUUGAAAAUUCGGUAGGAAACACCGUUCCUGAGAUACAAAGAGGGGUAGGACCACCUUCCUAACAUGUCCGGUGUUCCUGAACCUACCCCCUGAGAUCUCAGAGGAAAUUGAGAAGUAUUCAGGAUAAUAACUAACAUAAAGAAUAGUGUAAGGCUUGCUACGGUGAGAUUCACAUUUACUACACUUUAUUGAUUUUGUGGCGUGACAACGCUUUGUGAAGACUGUUUUUCACCCAGAGCGUGUUGUCACGUCACGAAAUGCAUGUCGAUUUUGACGUAGGAUUACGUCUUUCGGGAACAUAUUGGGGUACAAAUUGAAAAUCGAAAAUCGAGCACAUCGUGAAAAUUGUCCAAUUUCAAACGUUUAUUGCUCAGUCAUUUCAUAAUAGAUUGAUGAAAUUUUUGCGUCAAUCGAUUUCGGCACUCCAUAACAAUUUUUUAUAUUGAAGAAAAUAAUGACAUAUGAAAAUCUGCACCAAGUUUCAUGACAUAUGUCAUGAAACUAACUAUCGAACAAUUGAAAAAUCUCAACCCCUAUCCUAACGGCAAUACCCACUACUGAUUGGUCGAAAUUGACGACACAUGCGGCGGUUCCCUAACAGAGAUAUCAAAACCACGCUGCCUGGGGGAAAUCGACAUUCAAAAUACAUAAAAGUAAGGGGAGCUUUUGUUCCUACCGAAAUGUAUUCCCUAACAGAGACAUUAAAACCAAGCUACCUGAAAGAAUUCGGAAUUGCAAAUACAUGAAAGUAGGGGGAGCUUUUGUUCCUACCAACAUGUGUUCCCUAACAGAGACAUUAAAACCAAGCUGCCUGGGAGAAUUCGGCAUUGCAAAUACAUGAAAGUAGGGGAAACUUUUGUUCCUACUGAAAUGUGUUCCCUAACAGAGACAUCAAAACCAAGCUGCCUAAGGGGAAUCGGCAUUGCAAAUACAUGGAAGUAGGGGGAGCUUUUGUUCCUACCGAAAUGUAUUCCUUAACAGAGACAUCAAAAUCAAGCUGCAUGGGGGAAAUCGGCAUUGAAAAUACAUAAAAUUAGGGGGAACUUUUGCUCCCACCGAAAUGUAUUCCCUAACAGAGACAUCAAAACCAAGCUGCCUGGGGGAAAUCGGCAUUGAAAAUACAUGAAAUUAGAGGGAACUUUUGCUCCCACCGAAAUGUGUUGCCUAACAGAGACAUUAAAAUUAAGCUGCCUGGCGGAAAUCGACAUUGCAAAUACAUGACAGUAAGGGGAACUUUUGUUCCUACCGAAAUGUGUUCCCUAAUAGAAACAUUAAAAUCAAAUCAUUAUCAAAGAGUUAAACGAUGUAAUUCUUCAAACAUAUCCAAAAUCAACAGAUAGCCUAACGGGACAUUAAGGCAUGUGUAGCCUGUUGUAUUUGUGAAUUAAAUGAAUAAAUAGAGUGGGAUCCUACGUCAACUAUGCGGUCGUGUCUCGGACACAACCCUCCUGUGACUUUUUUAAGAUUCUUGCGAGUUUUUUUUUACAAAACUGAAUAUACAGGAAUCUACGUUCUUCUUUUGUUGACAAAUCCUAGAACAAAGUUCAUUUGUAUACUUUGAAACGGAACUGAAAAUCCAACAUUAAUGUUCAACAGUUUCUUCUUCUUCUUCAAUGGCACUAACGUUUCUAGAGGAACUUCGCCGUCUCAACGUAGUAUUACUUGCGUUAUUUUUAUUAGUACUUAGUUGAGAUUUCUAUGCCAAAUAACACGCCUUGAAUGCAUUCUGAGUGGCAAGCUCUAGAAUACGUGUGAUCACAGUGCAAGUCGGAGGAUAUUUCUUUGACGAAAAAUUCCCCCGACCAGAACGGGAAUCGAACCCGUACACCCGGCAUGUUAGUUAUGACGCUAACCACUCGGCCAAGGGAGCACCAGUUCAACAGUUGGAAACCUCAAAAAGUCAGGUGUUGACAUGUGACAAAAACACUGGACUGGCAAAAAGCGCCUACAACUAUAAAAUUUUCUCCAACUGAUGCUUCUUGUAAGAUAUUUUCUCAAUUUCACUUUGACAUCGUAUGCUUUUCACGUGUGAUUUAUACAUGAAAACAAAAAAAACUGUUUUUAGUGAGUUAAAAUGUUACCCUGUACAAGUUAUCUUUUGUACUAUACAAUUCUCACUUCCUUCAUCAAUUGCACCAGAUGUAUUAUGCACUAUGAUUUAACCAACUUAUUUAUUUACCUAUCUAUCUACUUUUACAGCAAAUCAGAAACAAUUUUUCACGAGCUCGAGUGUUUUAUUGGAAAAUCCUCGUAGAUAAAGAACCAUUUCUUUGGUAGUGAAAGUGCCCCACUCUGCCGAAGAAGUGCGCAGAAUGUUAUAUCGUGACCCAAAACGAAGGAAACCCCGGGCAAAAUAGGUUAUUCUGCCGUGUAAAUAAGCUCGUGGUUUGCAAAUCCCUGACGUUGGCAGCACACGGUCCCCGGGGCAGUGCAGGCCUAUCAUCAGGUCCCCAGCUCACUGUUGCUACUAUUGUUUGAUAUUAACACCCAGAUUAGCCCUUAAAUCAGAAGGUGAUAUAAAAGUACGGUCAUUCUAGGCUCCAAGUGGAAUGUACCACAAAGAUAAUCAUUGGAAUACGGCCAACUCUAUUUGAUUUAUAUACAGCAGAACGCUGGCUGUUCCUCCCGGAAGGCCAUGGGCGGCCGAUACACAGCUUGAACAGUGCAACGGUGUAUCUACUUUCAAAAUAAUUAUUGGGAUUAUGUUGGUAAAAAGCCUUUUUAUCCUAUUUUUAGGUGUGUGUCGACCAGCGACAAGUAAAAAUAAUUUAUUCAGUGAAUCAAUCGAAAAGCGUGUGAGCGACGAAAAUGGAGUGGAAGAGCCACGAGGCUGUGAAUUUUCUGUUGCUUUUUACAUUGGAUAAUGUUGUCACCAGCAUUAUGUUAUCAUAUUAUUUACUGCUAGGUAGCACUGGAAAUUCUCACCCCAUCCCAUCCUUGUUGCCAUGCCCGAUUAUCGUCACCCAGUUCGGUGAUGUUUUGGUGUACAUGUGCCUUGGUUAGCUAACAGAUGGGAACCUUUAAAAUGAUCAAAAAUGAAGAACAUUAUUUCUCUUUGCAAUUGCUUAUCUCACCUAUCAGAUGUGACAUUCUGAUUCAUUUCUGACACAAAACAAAAGGGAAAAUGGUUAUAAUCAAUGUAUUUCAAUUAUUUUUGUCAUUGAGAAACGUAAUGGGAUGAGAAAGGUCAAUUCUAUUUUUAUUCUUUUGGUAAGAUUUUUUUACUGAGGCACCUUUUUGACAAUAUUCUAAAGCUUAGAUCAUUCAGAUAGGAACGGUUCAAAAGUGUCUAUUCAGUUCAUUAAAUGAAACCGAAAACUUUUGAUUUAAAUAUAGAUGAAAACAUUCUUUAUCGGGAAAAAUAUAGAACAUAUUAUUCAUACGAGGAGCAUUCAGAAACAACUGUCAGUAAAAUCGCCUAAAAUCGAAAAAUGCAUUUAUUCAAAAAUUUCUAUUACAGGCUUUCAAAGUACUUCCCUUCCGAUAAAAUACACGAUUACCAGCAAGUUUUCCACUUUUGGAAGGUCUGAUAAAAGAAGUUUUCUCCGAGCUUCUUGAAAAUCGCCUCUGAUGCUUCUACUACUGAUAAAUUCUUGGUGAAUCGACGACCUCUAAGGUGUUUUUUCAGCUCAGGAAACAACGAAAAAUCACAGGGAGCCAAAUCUGGGGAGUAAGAAGGAUGUGGCAUAAUUUUAAUGUCAUUUUUCUGCCGGUAGUCGGUUACAAUUCGAGCGGCGUCGUGUUAUUGUGGUGCAGUAUCCAGGUGUUCGUAAUCUCGGGGCACUUCUUCGAAAUGUGUGAUCGGAGGGUUUUCAACACGUUCAAAUAAUUUUGCGAGUUAACAGAAUCCUUCUGAAUGACCUCGUGUUGAUAUAUCACGCCACGGCAAUAAAAAAAACGAUUAGCAUUACCUUUCCGGCCGACUUUGAUUGACGAACUUUCAGAGUACGUGGAGAAUCAACGUGUUUCCAUACGGAUGUUUAGCUUUCCACUUUGAAAUCCCAGUGCUAAGCCCAUGUUUCGUCAACAGUGUUGCCUCUAUCUAAAAAAUUUGGAUCCGCCUUCAGCAUUUUUUUUCCAUAAUUUCAGUCGUUGAUACGUCUCUCCAUCUGUUUGGUAGUGAGGAAAUGCGAUACCCAAUUUGCGCACACAUGUCUCAGCUUCAACUCGUUCGCUAGGAUGUUGUGUGUCGAACCUACGGAUAUAUUCAUGAUCUCGGCUAUUCGUUCAACACUAACAGACCUAUCUCCUUGAACAAUAGUCCAUUUCGUGUUGAUAUUGACCUAAGUACAGGAGGUUCUGGGCCUUCCUCCGUGAGGAAUCAGUUCACUCGAUUCUCGACCAUUUUUGAAGCUUGAGUACCAUCGAAAAAUUGUUCUUUGGCUCAUACAAAGUUCACCAUAAGCCGCUUUCAUCAUAUCGACUGUUUCUGGCGCGGAUUUGCCCAAGCGAUGGCAAAAUUUUAUCGCACAACGUUGUUUAUUUUUAACGUCGCGUCACACAUAGCGAAAACUUCGGAGGCGAAAACCAACAUGAUUUUAAAACUCAUAUACUCAUCCGCUAUAAAUGACUGUAGGGACAAUACUGACAGUUGUUCCACGCUCUAAACGCUCCCGAGGUCAUUUUAAUCGUGACCAGUGUGGCCGCUUCAAAAAAAAAUAAAUCACUGACAGUUGUUUCUGAAUGCUCCUUGUAGUUAUUUCAAAAAAUUGCCUAACUUCUCCAUUAAUAACGUACUACGACAGUACGAGGAUAACGCAGUCUAAUUCAUAAAAAGUAGAAAGGUCUGGGCCUAAAGGCACGGACGGAAACUUGACGUAGAACUUUGAGAACAAUUGCUUUUGAAUGGAGUUUUUGUAACUGUUUACAAAUCCGGAAAUGUUACUCAUUCAAUACGAUAAGAAGACGUUAUCUUACAGUAUAUUCAUAAACCUAAAUUUCAUAACUAGCUUGUCUCGGGGAUAUUAUUCAUGUCUGAAACAUUGACUGUGGAGAGUCAGAAUGAUUAUAUCGCCAGGUGAUGCAAAUUAAAUAUUUUAUGACCGUGAGUACUCCAUUGUGAAGUUCGCGUGGAUUCUAUAGUGAACUGAUCCCAACGGCUCAAUAAUAGGAAAGAGAAAGAGAAAUGGACAAGUGGAUUUAGGGAAGUAUAGCUGGUUAAAUAAAACCAUUAGUUCUUCUUGAUGAAAUUUCGCGAACUUGCAUGCGUACUGUACCCUUUUGAACCUCUCAAUCGGCAGCCAGUUUAGUUUUUUUUAUUACAGAAUUUUGGACAUUAUCAACGUGCUCAAUAUCAUAGCCUACAUUAUAGAGACGAGCAUUGAGAACGAUUAGACAACAACCUUUCUAAUAAAAUUUCUAUUAACGUUAAACCCUGUCGCUUCGUCGUUGUCGUUGAAAUUAUGGGGAUUAUAUAGAGUAUCGCCAUGUUCCAAGUCAUCCCAUCUCGUUUGAUUCUGAUAAGUGCUUGCUAUCGGAAAAUGUAGAAUAAUUCUCAAUACGCAUUGAUUCGUCUUGUUUGUCACGAAAAAACAUGUAACAACGAAUAAGAAAACUAGAUCGUGGAUUAGGGAUGAGCAAAACAGUUCAUUUUGAUGAAUGGCUCAGUCGCUAACCGUUCACCUGAUUGUUCUUUUGCAUUUGAAUUUCCUCUUUCGUUCAGUGGUAUCAAUACCGGUAUCAAAAAUAACAUUGAAUGUUAGUGGGAACCCAACAUACAUAAGCAGCUUCAUAGCUAUUCAUGUCCUAUUCAUGUUGUUUGUUGCUCUUCCCCUACAGCACAAUUAACGAGUAAAAUCCAAUAAAACAUACCCGCCUCAUUCGUUAACCCUUUCAAUACGGCAGUGUGUUCCGUCGGAGUGCUAACGCUGUACGGAGCACUGCGCCGAAAAGUAUGCAUUUCGCGCUAGUGUGAUCGAUGUGCAGUAUCAACCUGAUGUCGCCUAUAGACGACGCUCGUACACACAGAUCAUCGCGCGGAUAUCGAUAUAUUCACUUGUUCUAUUAUCUCUAAUGUUUAUGGUUUUAACCAAAUAUUUGCUGAAUAAAUUUCCCAUCUAAUAUAUAGUAUGACUAAUAUCGCAAUAACGAUUAAUAUUGCAAUAUCAGAAACCAACCUAUUAUCUAUUCUAUUAUCUUUAAUGUUUAUGGUUUUAACCAAAUAUUUGCUGAAUAAAUUUCCCAUCUAAUGAUAUAUAGUAUGACAAAUAUCGCAAUAAAGAUUAAUAUUGCAAUAUCAGUCACUCGUUUUAAUUUAUCCUUUUUUUGUAGGUUGACACAUCUGUCAUUGACAUUCUACAAAAUUUGUAGUGUGAUAGUUUUACAUUUCUAAAAGUUACGCCGUAUUGAGUACACCUGCUAUUGUGUAUGCCUUGAUUUUGUACAAUUUGCAAAAUUUGCAAAAUUAAUCGUUAUUCGUGAACAUUUGGUUAAAAACGAAACGAAUACCAUUCAGCAACCACCGAAUUCACCUGAUUUGGCUCCCUGCGACUUUUCCCUAUUCGAACGACUCAAAAAACCACGUUUCAGCACCUGAGAUUAGAUAAUGGAAAAAUGGAAGAUGGCGCUGAUGGCCAUACCGCAAAUCGAAUGUAAUAAAUGUUUCGAGGAUUGGAUCAAGCGCUGGUCUAAGUGCGUUGCAGUCGAUGGGGUACUUUGAAGGGAACAAUAUCGAUAUUGAUGUAUAAAAGUUUUAGGCGAACGUAAAGCGAUAGUUCAAGAUAAAGAGAAACGUCAUUUAUGAUGAAUCGGGUAACGAAAACCGUGAUCGAAAGUGACCGAAAGUUGCGUGCAUUCUUCAGUUUUAUUAGCACCUAUAGCCUAUAGCCUAUAGCUAAACUGACCAGACGUCCCGCAUUUCAACAAAAUGUCCCGCGUAAGAUUUCGUCCCGCGAAACGUCCCGCAUUUGGCAAAAGAAACGAAAAUGUCCCGCAAUAUCAAUAUAUUUCAAUAUCACCAUUUGAAGAUGUUGAUUUUCUUAAAUGGAUGAACCUCAAAAUAAAUUUUUAUUUGGCAGACUGAGCGCUUCAAAUGCAUCCAAAGAUUAAUACGUUGAGCUUGUUUCAUCGCACCGACAUUGGGUUUUUUGUUUAGAGAGUGUCAACUGGAAGCGACAGCAACAAAAUAGGAAAAUGAUUUUUAUGAAAGUCCCUUAUUGAUCCGCAGGGACCAACGUGAGUCAGACGAAAAGUUCAUCUUUGGUCCCCUAGCUCGGUCAGGGCUUAACGUUUUAAAUAAGCCGGAAGAACUCGACAGGAAGAGGCAGAGUUGUUUGAUGAAGUAUCGUAAAUGAAGCGCUGGGAGGUCUUACGGAAGUUGGCCGGAACUUGAACCAUGGCCGAUGAAAAGAUGUAUAUCGGCGUGUUAUUUAACCUUUUCUUGGCUUUGGUGGUCGUUUGUCUCUCUAUUUUGGCCAUUCACCCAAAUUUUUUCUAUCGGGCGCAGCUGGGGAAUGUUGGUCUUCGCGACAAUGUUUAUCUCCAGCCGAUCCAUCCCCCAGUGAUCUUUUGGCAUAAUGGGCUGAUCCCAGGUUGGGCAUAAAGACCACAUUACCUUCCCAACUCCGGCAAGCACUUCGUACUAUAUAUCUCCCCGUUCACCAGAUGACUCGAAAGAAGAGCGGCUUGGACAUCCUUCACGUCUGUCAGAGAAGGAUCUUCUUCGAGAACUUGAUGUGAAUGAUAUAUUCGACGUCAUCGCUUACCUGGGGAACGUAAAGUACCCGGACCCUGCCAUUCGUUGAAUUCUAGCAUCAAGUACGUCUCGUCUCUAUUAUGAGUACGAAAAGAAGUUUUUCACUUCUUUCGCCGGAAAGAAGUUUUUCACCAGCACCUCAAGCUGCUCCUUCUGGGUGAUUGCCUGCUACUCAGAUACGGCCGGUCUCGUCUGACGAUUCCGCAUAAAAAUGUCCAUUUUGGCCAGAUUCUUCUCCACCGUUUGGCCAGUUGCUUCGAUCUCCCGGCUUAAGGAGUGGCAAAGAGAUGAUAUACCAGAUCGGCUAUAUCUGGUAGACACAAAAUGCCUCAGGAUGUUGCUUGACAGUGCUGCUGCUACGAAUGAACAACCUUGAAUCAUUUUUGUAGUAGACUUAAUAAAAGUAAUGUUUAAAGAAAAUUUGUUCCUAUAAGUUAUCUUUCAUCGCCAUCAGAAAUUAGUCCAUUUAUUUUAUUUUUUUAUUUACUUUACUUCGUCUUAGACAGAUCUCUCAGACUGACCAAUCUUAUAAACUACCUAAUAUUCUUAAUUCUACGUUUGAAAACACAUUUGGACAUAUUAAAAUCAAAGUGACAUCCAACUUCGUUGAAUGCACGGAAGCAGCUGGUCAAGGGACAAUUCUGCCCGUACGAGGUUCUAUGUGGCCGUAACGCCAAUAGUUGUCUUCCGCGGAGCUGUCUGGUGGGAGCAUAGAAACGUAUCUCGUUUAUUAACUGCGCAGAGUCGAUGUUUCCGGACAACAAAUCGAAGACAAACAAACGUUGAAUUCUCGUCCUCCUUGUCGACAGAGUUUCCAAGUCGAUGAGCAUACAGCGAGUCUCGUAAUCAGGAAGAUGAGUGGGAUCAUUCCAUGGCAGUUGCCUUAACGCGUAGCGGAUAAAACAGCGUUGCACUUUUUCAAUCCUGACGAUAUGUGUUGUAUGAUAGGGAGCCCACACACAUGCUGCGUAUUCAGAGACACUUCGUACCAUUGAGCUGUACAAAGCCUUCAGCGUGUACGGGUCCCGGAAGGACUGCGAGUUCCGCCGGACUUGGAUAUUUCCUUUUCGCUGAUCUUCAGCCACAGAUGAACCUUCUAGGUGAAGAUAUAUUUGAUGUCCCUGUCAGUCAUUGAAGUCCAGCAUCAAGAAGGUCUCGUCAUUCAUUAUGACCGCGAAGGCGCGCUUUGCCGGAGAGAUAUUUUUCACCAGCACCUUCAGCCGCACAUUCUGCAUAAUUGCCUGCUGCCCAGACACGGCUGGCCUCAACUGAUACUUUCACAUAAAAAUAUACAUUUUGACAAGGUACUUCUUAACCGUUCGGUUGCUCCGACCAACGUGCUGAACAAUAAAUCCACCCUGCUCGCCGUCGACAACAACACACUGACAUUGGUAGCAUAAGUUUUUUUUUCAAAAAUCAAGCUGUUGGGAAUGUUUUUCAUUUAGUGUACACUUUUUGAACAAAUCGGAUUUUUUCAGUGUCCCGCCCUCGUGAGGUUCCUACAGCAUACAAUGAGGCAGUAGAGCAUGUCUCUGCAACUUAGUGAUGGGGGAUAUGCGUUGCAGUCUAGAAUGAUGUGGACCAUAAAGUAAGGUAUGGUGACGACGCCCACGAGAAAGUGAUCCUUCCCUUUAACAUGGAUGAUUUCAAGGUCUACGCUGAUUCAUGUGAGCGUCUAGGCGUAGCUAGUCGAUCAUGUUGUUAUUCCAUGGGGUUCGGUCGGAAAUGUUAUUCCACUUUUGCUUCUUCGAGGACAACAGUUUAUCGGUGUUUUAGUGAAUUGAAAAUAGGCCGUACAAGCACCGCAGAUGUAUGCUCUGGAGGCCAAAAGAGUUUACGAAUCCAGAAAUCGUGGAACAAGUGCAUCGACUCGUUUUGAACGAUCGUUAAGUGAAGUUACGCUAGUUAGCUGAGAUCGUAGGCAUUUCAAAAAUACGAGUGGGAUACAUUUUGCACGACAUUUCAGACAUUGAUAAGCUAUCCGCGCGAUGAGUGCCGCGUUUGCUGACCGUCGACCAAAAACAGCGGCGCGUUGAUGAUUCAACAGCCGGUUUGGCGUUGUUGAAGCGGAAUCGAGUGGGCUUCUUUCGACGUUUUGUGACAAUGGAUGAAACGAAUCGUUACCACACUCCUGAGUUCAAUAGUAUAGUCUGCAGAGUGGUACUGAGACAUGUUCCGAAGGUUUAGACGUUUCGUACUACAGAAACCGGAAUCGAAAUGUUGGAAACUCGCUAUACCAAGUGUAUUGCUUUCGAAGGAAACUAUAUUGAGGAAUAAGUACAGCUCGGCCCAAAAAAAACGAUUGCUUUCAUUAAAAAUCCCGAGACUUUUUAGCCCAUGUAGUGUCCAUAUAAACUGCGUUUUAUUUUUUCCAUAAAUUGUUUAUGGUCGAUGGAAAGUACUAAAACAGGAAUUUUCUCUAUACAGAACGGGCAUCAUUGUUUGAAUGAAUCGGGUUAUCGAUCCACAGUAAUAAAGAAGAACGUUAUUAAAAACCAAACGAGGAACCAACCAAUUAUGUUUUGACAGCUUUAUGCAUUGCCACACACAGCUAUGUAUAAAAGUUGAUAACAAAUUACAUUGGUAGAAUCUAACCAGCCAAUAAUCUUUCUCCCUUACCACCUGCACCACCUGAUUUUAUAACAACGUGAGUCGCUGAUUUCCCUCCUCCCAAGUGCCUUUGGAGCCUCGGUUUCGUGUUUUAUCAUCAUAGCUUGUUGAUUGUUUUUGUUCCACACCCUCCCGAAACUCCGAAAUGAAUCCACUGUUUGAUUGCCAAUAGGACGACCGAAAACGCGAAAAAUUUAUUCAUGAAACUGUUCGAAAAGGAAUAAAAUAUGAGUCUGCUGUUUCGGGAUUGUUUGCGUUAGGCGGCGGCAAGAAUUGGUAUUGUAAAUUUUAGAAGAAGGUCAGAUAUGACAGUGUCAUCUUGUGUUGUUUGUUUCUAUGUCUUCUAUAAGUCUUGUAUGUUAGUUGCCACGUUUUGCACCAAGAUAGCGUUACAUCGUAAUAUCGAGUUCGAAUUCCAUUCUUCUGAGGGAAGAUAUGAAAUAUAAGAUGGUUUCUCGUGUAUGGGCAUCGGGAUCGUUUUCCAUUUUUGCCUGGGCAUUUUUUUCGCAAAACAGAAUCUGUCGAUUUGAACUGGUAUACGUAAGUUAAGGACUUCAGGUUCAAUGAAACAAUGAUAGAGUUUGAACUCUAGACUAGAACUAGUUUAUUUCACAUUGUUUCCCAUUUUUAUACACGGCUAGAAACUUUACUUUAUCUACCCCUUCCGGCAUAGGCGGAUUACCUGUAUCUCUUUUAUUUACCCUGUUUCCUAGCAUUGUUCCUUGUGUUGCUCUAUGUUGCUUCUAUUGUUGUUCACCUGGCGGCGGGCUGAAUGUAGGGAUCUUAACUCGUAUAUUCUAGAACCACUUGGAAUACAUUCAAGGCUUGUUAUGGACGAUAAAAAUCUCAAUAAAAGUGAAGAAAUUAGGACAAUACACGAAAAUACACACAGUUUAACAACUAAUGAAGCUUUCUGUACCUCAUCCAAACGACUGCAACCUUUUUUGCGAGCCAGUAGAAUCUUUCUCGGUAAACGUGAACAUUAGUAUGAUAUGUUUUUGUUACUUAUGUUAUUUACAUAGAAUCUUAUGAAGAUCAGAAGGAAAGAAUGAACAUCAGAAGAAAGAAUUAAAUAUACACAUAUCCGACACGAACGAGUGUCUUCAAGAAUGAAUGCACGAUUCGAAUUCAAUAUCGGGGUUAGUUGAAUACAAAAACACAGAAACAUCAUACAAUUUGAAAGCAAUAUAAAUUAUCAAUAUAAUUGUUUGUUCAUUGCGACCACACAACAAUUGAUACAGGAUAUUUUACAAAAUCUAUCAACAGAAAAUAACCAUCGUGGAAAACACAUAAUUCUGAGUUCAAAUCUGUACAAUUGAAUUGAAAUCCAUUAACGAAAAGAAUUAAUGCAGGCGAGUUCGAAACGAAACGCGCUAAUAUACAUAUCAUUAAUGUAAACAUGAAAUGUGAUCACAAUGGGGAUGAGAUGUUAAUGUGAACGAAAAAAAACUGUUAUAGGGUCAUUAUGUCAAAGAUCAUCCAUAGCGUCAAAAUAUUAGCUGUAGCUAAUGCAUUUACUAGCUGAGAAAGACAAGACUAAUGAACAAUAGUUAAGGAAGGCAGAAAAAAUAUACAAUCCUUUUUGUAAAUAGUCUUCUCGUAUAAAUUGUUUCUGAUAUCGCAGUGAUAUAUGUAAGAGAAGAGGAGCGAUUAUAUGAAUCAAGAUGACUGGGCAUUAAGCUUCUGUGAUGUUAGAAAACUCCUUGGAAUGUGGAACUCCCAGGAUACGAUCCUAAAUUGAAUUGAUGAAAGAAGCCAGACAACUUCUUAUAUUGUUACACUGCGAUUUCAAUGGAUUUAAAAUUCUCUUGUAUCUCAAUAUUGACUGCAAUCAUUUUCAAGCAUUUCAGAAGCUUACAAGAGGGUGUUGAGUAGAAGAAACGCGCCAUAAGGUACUAGUCUAGUCCCAUAGACGUGUAUCGAUUCAAACAUAUCAUUUGACAAGAAUGAAACUUACGUUAAGAUAUUUAUGUAUAUACAUAGGCCCCGAGUAAGAUAUAGUGUGAUUAAGAGAAACAAAUACACAGUAAAUUCGCUUGCAACAGUGAUAUUUUAUAUUUUCACUGAGUUGUUCGGAUGCUCCAAGCCCGUUAGACAGUCAUUCAUUUUACAAUAUAUAAUACACUGUUGGCGAUCGACAAUGGCUAGAUUAUGAAUAAUAUUAGAUCAAUAGAUUAUAAUUUUAAAAUAACGUAAAAGUAUUAAGCAUAAUUCUUUUUCUUUCCAAACAACAAAAUUACUGGAUGGCUCUACACUGAUAAUGAUUUCGUUCGCGAUUCUUGACCAAUUAAGCACCGUAUAAAAUAUAAAUUGCGCUGUAAACGAUCCAUCUGAGCGGUCAUGCCAAAAACUUCCAUGUCAUAUAAUUUUAUACAAGGAAAUCAUCAGACUAACAUUGUUGCACUAAACCCAACGGCAAAGUGGUAAUUUAUCAAACAUAUCGUAGCGAAAAGACUCUCUCUUUAGAAGAACAGAAACUAUUUUUGAUGUUGUACUUAUUGAAACAAGACCUACUAGAAUAGGCGAGCAGAACAAAAACACACACACACACACUGAAAAUAAUAGUAUUAUGACAAAUGAAGAAAUCCAAACAUAUCAAAUAUACUACAGUAACAAUGCUGUAACUCUUAACAUUGAAAAUGAAACAACACAUAGCGUACAGUGAUAAAAUCAAUCAAUCAAAUAAAGGAACUUAUUUGAGUUGGUGAUUACGGUGUGAGCUUUUGCAAUGGGUUUAUGUUAGUUUAAAACAAUUCUCUUGUUUCAACAAGACAAAACAAUCUUCGUGAUAAAUGCAGAAUGAGAUAUAUGCUUAGAGAUAAAUAAACAGAACGUACUUUUUAAAGAUCCCUAACAAUAACAAUUACAUAUCAUCAUAGAGAUAAGCCCGAAUGAGCGGCAUAAAACUGGAAGAUAUAUGGAAAAUUAAAAUGAAGAAGUAUACAGAUGUAAAUACACAUUGAACAGGUGCAUCAGCCUGUAAACCGCGGUGGUAUAGAGUAUAUUUAGUGUUAUAAUUUGAUAAAGUAAAACAAAUUGAGAGAUUUUAUUAAAUUAUUUACUAUCAACUGUUUACAUUUAGGAAUUAUUAUAAUAAGUGUGAGCGUACAUGUGAAGGUUGAAGCAAUUGAUUUACUAGGUUUAAAAACAAACGAGUGCAUUUUUGACGUUCAUGUAUAUUGAGGAGAAAGAUGAAAGAAAGAAUUAUUAUUGAACAAUUAUAAAAGGACAGAUUAAAACAUGUAACAACUCAGAGAGAAAAUCAUUUCGGACGUGGUUUCAUACGAUUCAUUCGGUUCGAUAAGUAUAUGUUAAAAAAGAAUGAAAUGUGCAUAUAAGUGAAACCGCAGUUAUAUUGAAUAAGUUUUGUUUUGUUGACAAAUUGUUCAACAAUUAGCGAUAAAUGAUAACAUCAAGUGAAGCAAGCAAAGUUUACAUAACUAAACAACGAUCAUUUUAUACGUUGAGAGAGUGUGCGAUUAUUAUAAAUUUUAGCGUACGAAUGAGUGUUCGAUUCCAAAAUAGUACGGUUAAAGCUUUACAUAACAAAUAAACUGCUUUUCUUCGGUAUCUAAAUCGUUUUCAUGCUAAGUUUGAAGUUUGAAUUGAAUUUAAUACGUGUUGACAUAUAAAUGAACUAGCGAAAUUGCCAAUUGUUAAAUGUUUCACGAUUGUUAUGUUACCUAUUGAGUUUAGUUCUGUUUGCACUUUUGCCAAUUUAUGAACAAAUUAAAAUAGGAAAACAUUUCCGUUCAGUUCGAUUGAAAUCAAUUCGCCAUUUACAAGAGAAUAGCUUGUUCUUUACAAUUACAUUACCGAUAUAUUGUUGUCUUUCUCUCUCUGUCCAGAAUAAUCUAAAUUACUACCUUGUCCUAAAUCUUCUCUAGAUGGUUUGUGAAAUUUGCUAUUAUUACUGUAAAUCUCCUAUUCAUCACGAAGCGUCCAAAGAAAAAUUUAUUAAAUAAAUUGACGGUGAAAUCUAAUUUGAUGAACGAUCAAUCGGAUUUGACCAUCUUUCCUCGAAACGAAGCAACACUCGACUUAAAUUAAUCAAAACUAAACCAUCACACAGAUACAAACUCAAUGAAAAUCAAGUUAUGAUUAAAAAUAUUUUACAAUUCUACAUCAUUCUACAUAGUUAUAAUAAGUUACAGUACCUCAGAGAUUAUGAUGACGCGGGAAAAAGGGAAGAUAUUAAAUAAAAAGUGAAUGUAUUUUAAAA